UUGAUUGAAAAUGAUAAAGCAUUGGAAAAAAAACGAGAGGUUGCGGAGAAAAAAGUAAAUGUUGAAGUUGCUGCUCCUGAAGAAGAUGUUCCAAGCUCAUCUUCCUCAUCUUCAUCCUCAUCCUCUUCGGAAGAUGAAGAUGAUGGAGAAGCAUUGGCUGAAAAGACGGCGAGAAGAGAGCGGCAAAGAAUGGAAGAAACUCCGAGAGAGAAGUUGGAUAGAAGAGAAAGUUUGAAUAAGAAACCGCAAUAUGUUACGAUUAGUGAGUUUUUUGAAGGGAUGGAAAAUUGGACUGAAUUUUUAAUCAUAACAUGAGCAAUGCUCCAAGUGUUCUCAAUUUUUGAGCAAUCUGAUUUUUUAAAAGAAUUUUCUAAAUCUAAUAUGAGCAAUGCUCCAAAUUUUUCAAAAAAUCAGAAUUUUCAUUUAAUAUAAUCAAUUCUUUCAAUGUUUGAUUUUUCAAAUAAAAUUUGUUUCCAGGCAAAAAAUUGAUCAAAAACUUGCCGAAAGUUCCGUCCGAACCAUUGAUGAAAACUGUUGAAUUUGCGAAGAAACAUGGGAGUAUUUUUGGAAGCGGUGAUAUGGCAGCUGAUUCGGAUGGUACUAUUUUACCGAAUUUUUAUAAUGAAACAAUUUUUUUUCAGAUUGGGCAUCAACUUCUACAUCUUCAAAUCCGAAUCCCAUGCCCAAUCCGACCCCAAAUUCACAAGAAUCUGAAGCGUCGGUCAAAUCUCCACCACCAAAACGGAGAAUGAUCAAAAAACCAGUCAUCUCCAAGGCAAAUUGCCAAAAAUCAUAA